AUGAAGUCGGUCUUCGUGUCGCUCGCGUCAUUCUUUUUGACGGCGACGUUCUCUGGCUCAGCUUCGUGCUUUCAUGUCAGCGCCGCCGAGAUUCACACCCCCAUCACAGCCAACAUAGUUGACGACCUCGCAGUUCGAGCCGCGGAACAAGUUGCAGACAUCAACAACCUGCCCACUGUGCAGACGCGAUACACGACGCGGCCUGCCGAAAUCUAG